AUGAAAGGCUCUCCAUUUCAAGAUUUUGGUCUGCUUUCCCUGUUGCGCAAACUGAGACCCAAUCCGGAGAAGGAGGCCCGCAUCCUGCUCCUGGGACUCGAUAAUGCCGGCAAGACGACAAUAUUAAAGCAACUGGCAUCGGAGGAUAUAACCACGGUAACACCCACGGCCGGAUUUAAUAUCAAGUCUGUGGCAGCCGAUGGAUUCAAGCUGAAUGUAUGGGAUAUUGGUAGUCAGUGGAAGAUCCGACCCUAUUGGAAGAACUACUUUGCCAAUACGGAUGUGCUGAUCUAUGUUAUUGAUUGCACGGAUCGGGCUCGUCUUCCGGAGGCGGGCAGCGAACUGUUUGAGAUGCUAAUGGACAAUCGAUUGAAGCAGGUUCCCGUCUUGAUUUUCGCCAACAAACAGGACAUGCCCGAUGCCAUGAGUGCCUCCGAGGUGGCCGAGAGGAUGAGUUUGGUCCAAUUGCAAGGACGAACCUGGGAGAUUAAGGCCUGCACCGCUGUAGACGGAACUGGACUCAAGGAGGGCAUGGAUUGGGUGUGCAAGAACAUGAAGAAGUAAUCCAGUUUUAAUUUGUUAAGUUGAGUAAUGCUAUCUCUAAGAUUCAAAUC